AUGGGAAGCAGGGGUGACAUUACAGUAAACCAAGCAUCUAAUACGAACAAGAAGAAGAAGAAUAAAAACAAGAAGACUGGUCCUGCCCCAGCUAUCAAAAACAUGAAUAAGUUCGUUAUUGAUACUUGUAAACGCUUGAAGGAGAGAAAAACUUAUCUGGUUUGGAAUGCUGUAGGUAAAAUGGUAAACUGGAGUUUCACCACAUUUUCGACAUGCAAGUUGAACAUUAUGUUGAAAAGAAACCAUGGAACAAGAAGGAACACAAAGAAAUCCAAAUGUAAAGAUAAGACCUUACUAGUUAUGCAAAAUCCUAGAGUUGUUCCCAAGAAUGAAAGUAAAGAAGGAAGAAUCUUGCAUAUCAACUCACCUGUGGAUGCAAUUCAGGCUUGUGGAGGACAGAUGACUGCUGAUGGAAAGCGUCAUCGCUAUGGUGGUGGCAUAUUAUGGGGCAUUCUGAAGAAACUUGACCCUAAUGCUUACAAAGAGAUCAUGGCCAAGGGAAAGGAAAUUGAGAGGCAAUUCAAACAACAAGCGCCAAAGGAAUUAAACCCAUCUUUGCAAAAGACUGCGCAAUCCUCAAUUGCUGGUCCAAUGAUUAACCACACAUCAUCUGGAUCUGCCCUUGCACCUCCUCUAAACUGUAGAGCCGCAGCUUCUAAUAUAAAAAGAGAACGUGUAUCUGUUAUGAAUAGGAUUCGGGUACCUGUAACUUAUGAUGACUUGCUUGGAGAAGAAGUGGAGGGCCAUGAGUGA